CGAACAUGUGACACGACGCUCGUAGUUCAGUGCUAACAUCAAAGUAAAGAAAAACUUUGACUUGUAGAUACAUCAGUUAGGGUGAAGAUGUGGCCACAGGGAAAAUGGCAGGUUCUUCUCCUGCUUGCAAUCCUGAUAAACUUGCAGUCAACAGUGCAAAGUCAUGGCGGCCCAUUCCAACUUCCCAGGGUGCACCAGAUCAUCCAGCAGGGCCGGGACUACGGCGACCCCCUCUUCCUCACUCCUUAUUUGGAACAGGGCAUGGCAGAGAAAGCUCGAACACUGAGUGAGGUGCAUCUCCCUGGCACAACGAUCAACAGCUACUCCGGCUAUCUGACUGUCAACAAAACCUACAGCAGUAACAUGUUCUUCUGGUUCUUCCCUGCACUGUCUGACCCAGAGAGCGCCCCCCUGCUCCUGUUCCUACAGGGUGGUCCUGGAACGUCCAGUAUGCUCGGACUCUUCUCCGAGAUGGGACCGUUUUACGUCACCAAGGACGCUCAAUUAAUGAUGAGAAAAGUAACUUGGGUUUCUCAGUAUUCCAUGCUGUUCAUCGAUAAUCCAGUAGGAACGGGGUUCAGUUUUACAGAGUCAGAUGCUGGAUAUGCCAGAAACCAGACAGACGUGGCAGACAACUUGUACAAUGCCCUGUUGCAGUUUUUCCAAAUCUACUCUCAGUACCAGAAGAAUGACUUCUACGUGACUGGAGAGUCCUAUGCAGGAAAGUAUGUUCCAGCUCUGAGCUACAAGAUCCACAUGGAGAACCCCACAGCCAAGUUCAAGAUCAACUUCAAAGGCAUGGCCAUCGGGGACGGGCUGUGUGAUCCCUUGACGCAAUAUGCCAAGUUACCAGAGUUCCUGUACCACAUCGGGUUGGCGGAUGAGUCCCAGAGACUGAGGAUUGGCGUGUUUGUGGACAUCUUCGGGGCUCAGAUCGUGGAGGAAGACUUCGUAGGAGCAUUUAAGACAUUUGAGACGAUGCUGCUUGGAAACAUGUCAUACUUUUACAACAUCACAGGCAGCAAUGAUCACUACAACUACCUCAGGAGUGAGGAACCAGCAUUAAAGGGCUACUACAUGGACUACCUGUCCCUACCUGAGGUGAGGAAAGCUAUCCAUGUGGGGAACCUGACCUUCCAUAACGGGUCAGAUGUGCAGAGGUAUCUGCUGGCACCUGACUUCCUGAAGUCUGUGAAGCCCUGGGUGGCUACCAUUAUGGAGAGUUACAAGGUGUUAAUCUACAAUGGUCAGCUGGACAUCAUAGUCGGAGCUCCACUGACAGAGAAUUUCCUCUGGAGCCUUCCAUGGUCCAGACUGGAGCAGUAUCAGACGGCUGACAGGACGGUGUGGAAAAUUAACCCUUCGGACACCGAGGUGGCCGGGUUCGUCAAGCAGGUGGACAAUUUUUACCAGGUGAUCGUGAAAGGUGCAGGCCACAUUCUACCAUUCGACCAACCAGAGCGGGCCUACGAUAUGAUUGACAGAUUUGUGUCAGGCAGAGGUUUCCAAUGACAGACUAGGAAGGGAAACUGGACCAAUCAGAGCUGGCCUUUGAUAUGAUUGACAGAUUUGUCACUUAAUUAACUAGCACAGCAUUAGAAUGGAGGAAAUCUGCAGCCAAUCAGAACACAGCUUUCAUGUGAUUGACAGAUUGAUGCAUAAAGAAUUUCUAGUUUCCUCGACCAGCAAAAUUGUAAGGAAGGCAGAUACUUAAAAGGAAUUUGCUGUAUGGAUUUAUCAAAAUGUAUAUAGAAUAUCGUUGAUAAGUUGUAUGCAAUGUUUUUGUAAUUUAAAGAAUAUAAAUAUGGCAAUCGUUUGAGUUGUAUGCAAUGUUUUUGUAAUUUAUAGAAUAUAAAUCGUUUGAUCCGUCUCCAAAAUGUGAUAUAUAUCAAAUUUCUAAUUUUUGUUGUCAGGUUAAAAUUUUAAGAAACAGAUCUUCAGAAUACUUGUCAUCAUCAUACUUGUAUGUUUCAAAUAUAGUCCCUUUCCUUAUACCUGGAACGAAGUGACUUUUUAAGUCUCUCACACUUAUCAUUCUUAUCCUGAGCUCCUAUUGGAUGGAUUUUCACAAGAAGAAUCCUUUGCUCCUAUUGGACUGAUUUCCAUGGCAAUAAAGAAUUCUGAGCUCCUAUUGGAC